AUACCCGAUGUUCUAUUUCUUAUGUGGUGGAUCGUCUUGAUUCUCCGUUUUAGUUAUUGUUGCAUCCAUCCAAGACCAGUCACAAAGUUGCUUUUCGAAAAGGAGUGAAAGCAGGAAAAGAAUCGAUUAAGAUAUAGAAAGAUGGCGGUGAUGCAGAAGCUGAAAAUAUUCGUGGUGCAAGAGCCAGUUGUCGCAGCUUCUUGCCUCAUCGCUGGUUUUGGUCUCUUUCUACCAGCUGUUGUAAGGCCCAUUCUAGAUUCCUUAGAAUCAUCAAAGCAAGUCCCUCAGCCUGCUUUAAGAGAUGUGGUUGCUGGUGUGACUGGUAAAAAGCAGGGCUAAUGUGAUUUAUGAGUUGGGAAGAAGCAGAAACUCAAAUGUAGCUAGUAAUUAGCAACAAAAUAAACUUGAUUUUAAAGUUGAACUCUUGCGCCUUCAACUUCAUCUUUAGCAUGAGAAUUUGAGUGUUAAUUUGUUUUUAUUUUCAGUGGUGGAGGAUUACUCAAAAAUCAUGGAUAAUUCAUAUCAGACUGGAAUUUAAUAUCAUCUACUUAAUUUGUUUCCCUACAAUUAAA